AUGUUUCAUCCGACUCUCCUCACCACGUCACCCAGAGGUGAGUCUGGAGCGGGGAAGACAGAAAACACCAAGAAGGUGAUUCAGUACCUGGCUGUCGUCGCCUCCUCACACAAGGGCAAGAAGGACGCGAAUCCUCCGCCGCAGCAGCAGGGGGGAUCUCUGGCCUACGGGGAGCUGGAGAAGCAGCUGCUGCAGGCUAAUCCCAUCCUGGAGGCGUUUGGAAACGCCAAAACCAUCAAGAACGAUAACUCCUCAAGAUUUGGCAAGUUCAUCAAGCUCAACUUUGAUGUGACUGGCUAUCUUGUUGGGGCUAAUAUUGACACCUACCUGCUGGAGAAGUCUCGCUGUAUUCGUCAGGCCAACACUGAGAGAGCCUUUCACAUCUUCUAUUACAUGGUGGCAGGGGCCAAAGACAAGCUGAGGGAGGAGCUUCUGCUGGAGGACUUCGGCAGCUAUCGUUUCCUUUUGGCGGGUCACGUGGAGAUCUCCGGUCAGGAAGAUGACGAGAUGUUUGACGAGACUCUGGAGGCCAUGGACAUCAUGGGCUUCACCGAGGAGGAGAGACUAGGGAUGUUAAAGGUGGUGUCCACUGUUCUCCAGCUGGGCAACGUCAAGAUUGAGAAGGAGAGGAACAGUGAGCAGGCGACCAUGCCUGACAACACGGCCGCCCAGAAGGUGUGUCACCUGCAGGGCAUCAAUGUCACCGACUUCACCCGCGCCAUCCUCACCCCCCGAAUUAAAGUGGGCAGAGAGGUGGUGCAGAAGGCGCAGACCAAGCAGCAGGCUGAUUUCGCGGUGGAGGCUCUGGCUAAGGCCAUGUACGAGCGCCUGUUUCGUUGGAUCCUGGCCAGAGUCAACAAGACGCUGGACAAGAGUAAGAGGCAGUCGUCCUCCUUCCUGGGCAUCCUGGACAUUGCUGGCUUUGAGAUUUUUGAGGACAACUCCUUUGAGCAGCUCUGCAUCAACUAUACCAACGAGCGUCUGCAGCAGCUCUUCAACCACACCAUGUUUGUCCUGGAGCAGGAGGAGUACAAGAGAGAGGGCAUCGAGUGGAACUUCAUCGACUUCGGCCUCGACCUGCAGCCCUGCAUUGAGCUCAUCGAGAGGCCGAACAACCCUCCAGGCAUCCUGGCCCUGCUCGACGAGGAGUGCUGGUUCCCCAAAGCCACAGAUUUUACCUUCGUGGACAAGCUGCUGAACACCCACACCGGUCACGUGAAAUUCUCCAAACCCAAACAACACAAAGAUAAACUGAUGUUCAGUGUGCUGCACUACGCCGGUAAG